AUGCCCUCCUCCACGAGACCAACCAAGCGCUCCGCCACACCUGCGAACCCGCCUGCCGCCAAGAAGCCCAAGGUCGUCGCCACGAACGGCAACAAGCGCGCCGCUUCGUCGGGCGACACACGCGAGGCGAAGAAGGCCAAGAUUGCUGCCCCCGCCCCCGAGAACGACGCCGGUCAGCGUGUGCGCACACAGCCCGAGGAGACGGGGGGUGCCACUCUUCCGAGCGCCUCAUCGGCGGGCAGUCCCGAGGCCGUUUCGACGCUCGCCGCAGUCGACGGGUCCAACGCGUCGACGCCUGAGAAGACCCCGACGGCCGUGACCACGCCCUGGGUGAAGGGUGGCGCCGACACUGCCGGGGACACGCCACAGCUCCUGGCGCCUCCGAAGGCCGAGAACACACUCGGCGCGGGUGCGAAGGGUGAAGUGGAGGUGGAGGGCGACAAUGUGUCGGUUCCGCACUUGACGGCUGACGGCGUGGGGAAGGAGCGCGACCACAAGACUGCCCAGCCCAAGGACGACGUCAAGGCAGACGUGACGUCCGGGGUCGAGGCCGGCGAGGAGGCGCAGAUGGCCCAGGAGCAGCCCAAGACCGAGACUGAGGCAAAUCUCGAGCUCCUGGACGGCUCCGCCUCUGAGGGGGAGGUCGACGCGGGGCUAGACGCCGAGACCUCCGAGGUCGAGAGCAAGCCGGCGGUCGCGGGCGACGCCAAGCCCGACGCGAAGCCCAAGGCUGGGGGCGACGCGGAGUCCCGGAGCGGGGCUGGGGCUGUUCCGGAGAUGGUGGCGACUCAUGCUGGGUCUGCCUCGAGCGCUGGAAUGGCGCAGCUGCGCUUCGAGAACAUAACCCAGGACCGCCCCGGAGUCGAGGCUAAGGCCGAGGCUGCACCUCCCAGCCAUCCCACGCGCAAGAUCAUCAAGCCCAAGGCCCCGACCACCCCCGAUACUCGCAAGGUCAGUCCUGCUGCCGCCUGCCUCCCGAGGCAUCGGCAACGCCGCCAACACCUCCCGCUGACGCCCCAGCUCGCCAAGCUCCCAAAGGCCAAGCCACUCGACCGCGUCGCGAGGGCCGAAGAGGCACUCAACACCGCCCAUGCGGCAUGGCAGGCCGCGAUUCCGCCCCUGCGCGCCGCCGAGCCCGUAUCCGACCGCACCGAGGUGGUCUGGCUGCGCGCGACGAGCAUAGCCGACGCCGCGCGGGUCAAGCUCAAGAAGGCCACGCAGGCGCUCGAGGACGCGGAGCUGAGGGCGAGUGUGGCACGCGUGGUGGCCGAGGUAGCAUGUGCGACGUGCACGGCGGAGCACAGCAUUGCGUGCCGCGUCGCGGCCGCUGCGGCGAAGGACUCGGCUGAAACACUCGAGGACGCCAAGGCCGACGAGGCGCGCGCGCGCGAAACGUCUUCCUUGGCUGAGACGGAGCUCGGCGCCCGCCUGGCGGCGUACAAGGCUGCCAUUGCGGCCGAGCGGCGCGCGAAGGAGAGCCUGGAGACGGCGUAUCAGGCCUACCAGGAUGCUGUUAAGGGCCGGCGGGAGGCGGGGUAUGCUGCACAUUAG